UGCGGUGAAAACAUGAACGAUGUGACCGAGUCGAGACGACUGACGCGAGGAACAUGCCCGGACACAAGAGGAGAUAUAACGUACGGUUCCCUCCUAGUCGCAUCAAGAAGAUUAUGCAGAAGGACGUGGAGGUGGGGAGGAUUGCGAUGGCGGUGCCUGUGAUCAUCGGUAUCCUUUUCAAAAACCUGCUGCAGGUUUACACAGCAUCAGCUGGGAUGGUGCGUUCAAGUGCAAAAACUUUCAUCAUCAGUUGUUGUUUUUUUUUUGUUUUGUUUUUUUAUUGCUGUCCCUUGUUUUCAGUGAAGUAUCGCUGGGCAUGCUGGGAGUUGUGGUCCCUCCACCUGAGCCCCUCUAACACAUGGCAUGGAGUGACUCCGUCUCAAAAUCAAAACCUUUGUUCUCAAAGUUUGAGCUGAAUCCACUGUCACCUUCUAAUGGUUCUUUUUAAACGGUACUUUACUUGAGCAAAGAUUUGGACAUUUUAUUUUUUAAACACUCGUGAUAACGGAAACUAACCGGAUUAAAUGGGUUAUUCCCAGGCCAAGGCCCACACCCCAUCCCUCCCACCAAGUUUGGUUGAAAAACAUAAACCUCCUAAAAAAGCAUCUGCAGGUGAUAAAAUUAGUUUUUUCCAGGAUCAGUGACUGUAAGUGUGUGUAGGUAGGUGUGUGUGUGUGUGUGUGUGUGUGUGUGUGUCUGUGUGUUGUUGUGGAGUCCUGAUCAGCAGAGAUCAGCUCGGGCGCUGGAGAUGUUCCUGAAGACCCUGUUGACCAAAACCUGUCUGGUCACUCAGUCCAAGCCGAGCACUGUCAUGUCUGUGGCUCACAUGAAGCAGUGCAUCGAGUCGGAAAAGCUCUUCCACUUCCUGAAAGAGGCGGCGGAGCGAGCGACGUCUACUGCGGCCCAGAGGGACAACAGAGGCCUGAAACCAAACAGAGUGAACACUCCGUCAAAAAGACGACCGACGUGGUCGAAGUGGCGCCGAGAAGGAGCGUCGCCUCGGACGAGUCCAGCUCCAGUGAGUCGGAGCUCUACAUCUGCUUAUGACCGUGAGAGGAACUUCAAUCAUUUCAUUAUCGUUCAUAAACUUUGUCUUUAUUUAUUUAUUUACUGGUUCUGGUCAUUGUCAGAGAAAAAGUGAUAUUCACUGUAACCAGGAAUCACGGACGUCGAAAUAGAUGUUGUUUUGGGGGCAAAAAUAUUUAUUUAAGUUAUUGACUUUGUUUGACUUUUGCCUGAUAAAAUACAGUAUUUUGGAUUUGAUUUGAUUUUUGUCAGAAAGAAAGAAGAGAUGUGGCUUUUUGUUAUUAGUUUAGUUUGAAGCAUACGUGUUGCAGGAAGACAUGGAGAAAAUAUUUAAAUUGUGCAAUUGGGGGAUUUUUGUUCAACUAUUUGUGAAGCCCAUUUAACACUUUGUUUUGUGGUUGAAUGUUGAUUAUUAGAUCAUAGGAUAUGAUGUCCAUGGUUUUUGUACAUUUUGUUCAAAUAUUAGUUUUUCAGACACCAUCUUUAUGUUUUACUGUAAUUUGAUUCUCUAGUGAUUCUCUUUUCUUAUCAAUGUGACCUGCAGUGACCAAACUAAGUGCUUCCUUUGCUGAACAGCGACCGUGUGUGGUCUGUUUUCAGCGUUUUCAUUUUUGUCUUUUAAAAAAAAAGCACUUGUAAAUUAAUAUUUUUAAGGCAGAAAACAUUGGAAUAUGAAAUGUAAAAAUAAUAAGUCUGAAUAAAUAAGUUAAUUUCCA